CGAUCAGAAUUAUAUUUGACCAGCAGCAGGAGUUUGUCUGAUAUUCAGUAAAGAAAACAUGGAGUGCUUGGAAUGAACACUGUGGUGGACAAUUCUUAUAUUUAACAUCUGUAUAGAAACUAUUUCUUUUUCGUGGUUUAUUCAUUUUAAUAAUAACAAAUAUGGAAGCCAAGGCAAAGGUGUCGUCGUCGGUGAAAUACAGUAUAGACAGUAUCCUUGGUAAACCCGACCGUAGGAUCCCCGACAUUCCCGACGAUGUGGCAAAAAUGAGGGAAUCGCCGACCAUGCUUUGUCAACAAAGGUCAUCGCUUCUGUCGGUGCAGAGUCCUUGCAAGUCGGAAUCCGACGACCGCUCCCCGGGCACCUCGAGAAACGGCGAGAACUACUUCGACUCGAGCCCGGAGAAAUCCGACGGAGGCGACAGGAGUUCCGGUCUGGAUCAUUCCCAGAGAGACCUGAACGGCUCCCUGUCUGAUGCCGAAGUGGACGACGAUGGCAGCGGAAGUGGGGGGAACAGGCCCCGGAAGUUGCGCAGGAGCCGCACGACAUUUACGACCUUUCAGCUGCACCAGCUGGAGCGCGCGUUCGAGAAGACGCAGUACCCGGAUGUAUUCACUAGAGAGGAGUUGGCCCUCCGCCUCGACCUAAGCGAGGCUCGCGUACAGGUGUGGUUCCAAAAUCGGCGUGCCAAGUGGCGUAAGCGUGAGAAAACACUUGGGCGUGAGAGUCCGAACUUCCUGCAGCGAGAGCCCGGGCUUGGUAUGGCAGACCUGGGAGCCCCUCAUCUUGGAUUCCAGUCGCCCCUGGAGGCGUACUGGGCGAAUCGUGUGCCCAAUCUGACGGGCCUCAACCCACUACUCUCCGUCCCGCAUGGGAGCGCCAUGCUUGGGAACAUGGCCCAGUAUAUGAAUAAGAUGAAUUCCGGCGGCUUUUUCACAAACUACUUUACAUCCAACGCAGGUAGUCAUUUGGGAUCACUGCCGGCCAUGUAUAUGCGCGCUGGCCUAUCGGAGAUCACAGCAGCAGCUCAGGCGCAGGCGGCGGCUGCUCUCUCCGGCCAACUUGCAGCCCGCUACGCACACGAGCCAGAACAGGGCCUCGACUUCCGGCGCUCUAGUAUAGACAAACUUAGGUUAAAAGCUAAGGAACAUACAGUCCAGGGAGACAAGUCAGAGCCCGGCUCCCCCGAAUCGCACAGUCCAUGCCAAAGUCCGGGCCGCAUGUGCAAUAAUUGAACAGCUUUCGUGACAAGUGGACAUUGUAUUAUUUCUUUUACGGAUCACAGGGUGUGUUAAAGUAUUUUUAUCGUUUUAUGUACCUGUAUCAAUGAAAUAGUGCUAACUGCGGAAAUAACAAAAACAAACAAGAUAAAUCGUGAGUGCAGAUAUUACGUUUAUAAUGCAUGCAUGCAUGUAUUGAAAUUGUCAGACAUAAUUGUUACAUGUGUACUAUUACUGAAUCUG